CAUAAUUCCCAUGUAAAGGGAGGAUGGCAAAUUUCUAAUGUCACCGAAUCACUCUACACCGUUCAAAAUUUAAUAAGAGAAAUUAAUCACUUAAUAAUUAUAUUUUGUUAAUUAUCGAAAAUCCUAAUCUUGAAUUUUUUAUCAGAAAUGACAAAAUGCAUGAGGAAGGAGGUUAAUCUAAAGAGCAGCGCUUAUAAUCAAACGGGACAGAACUAUUAUGAACAAUUGGAGGCGUAUAACUCGAUGAGCUCGCAUCUACGACGGAUUUUAAAGGCAAAAAGCAUAGUCGAUACGAGAAAUAAAAAUUGCUUGAAAAGAAAUCAGCGGCGUAAAGUGCAAAGAGCUGAUGAUAACAGAGUCUGUUUAUAUCUAGAAGUAACGGACGAUGUGAUCGACAAAUUAGCUUAUGAUACUAAACAUCAUCCCAUGGAUAUGUUAGCACUAGAUUUAAAUGCAAAGCAUUUGGAUAGUUGCAAUUGUAAUUUAGAUCAUCAGCUUAGAGUAUGCAGUAGUCAAACACGUUAUGAGGAAACCGAUCAAAUGAAUCGACGUCAACGAUCAAUAGCGAAGAAUCAAAGAAUAUCACCAACAACAGCGUGUUUACCAAAACGUAAAAAGUUUUUGAUAUCAAAUUUUAGUUGUACAAAUGAAUCAAACUCUACGCGAGAGAUCCCUCAUAUAGUUGGCCCAUCAACAUGCUUUUCACGACAAAGAAAAUGUAGAUACGAAAAAGAGUUCUCAAUUCCUUCCACAACUAGAUUAGAUUCAAUGAUGUUUAAAUCGAGAUCUCAAUCCCCAAGACAGAAAAUAACGGAUUAUCGCUCUGUGUGUUCGAGCGUCUCGCAAUGUUAUGAUUUCGAUUGUGAUGAGAAGUCUGCAGAAGAAAUCUGCAAAUUUGUGUCUCAAAAAGAAGAAGAAAAGAAAUACACUAAAUUCAUUUACGACAUCACUAAAGAAAUAAUGCAGAGAGGUCUUUAUACCGAUAAAGAGUUGCAAGACGUAUUUAAGAAGCAUGUUAAUCAACAUAAAGGAAUAUUGAAUAUGAAUAAAAUGCUAUACGAGAUCUAUCAGUUAAAGAUCUCUUUAAACGUAGUGGAUGAUUCAGACACCGAUGAAGAACUGGAAGAUUUGAUCCAUGCACAAAAAUUAUUAAGCGUAUCCAAGAUAAGGCCGCCUACACCACCGAAGACUCUGAAUGAAAACAAAGUGAUGGAAAAACUGGAAUCUUAUCAGAAAAUGAUGAAAGUCGAAAGAUCUCCAAAAAUUGCCAGGAAAUCAGUACUGCUGGUUGAUGCAAACCCUAAAAUACUUGUCACCGAAAGAGAUGUACUGAUGUCGUUGAUAGAAGCAGGUGUAGAUCCCAAACAAGUUGAACACAUUUGUAAGAAUUUGCGCUACAAAAGUAGGGACGACGUCGAUUUUACCGAAGCGGCACAAAUAGACACGGAAACUUUAUGCUGCUCGAAUUUGAAAGUGGAGCAUUUAAAGGACAACAAUAAACAGCUUUUUAUUGAAACUGAAACGGUAACGGUCUGUGAUUCUCAUGUCGCUGAUUCAAUCGAGUCUCCUGAGAAACUGGAAGUCAGUUCUUCAACAUCGAAUCUCGUAUGCACGCAAGAUGAAGCAGUAGAACCGAAAGAAAAGAUGGAAUCUGAAACCACAUUAGAACAUGAUAAAGUGGAACCUAAAGUCAUCUUCGAACAUGAUAAAGAAGAACCUGAAGUCAUAUCCAAAUACGAUAAAGCGGAACCUAAAGUCACAUCCGAACACGAUAAAACAGAACCUGAAAUCACAUCCGAACAUGAUAAACAAGAACCUGAAUUCACAUCCGAAUAUGAUAAAUCGGAAUCUGAAGUCGCAUCCGAUCAUGGAAUGGAAUCGUAAAUUGAGAUAAUUAUUAUAUUUGUUUCUUCGUUAAGAAAUGUUUACUUCCAAUCCAUUGCUCGUUAUAAUAUUAUCUGUAUAUUCUUUAUGUCACUUUCAAGUUACUUAUCGUAUUAAUAAACUGAAAUAAAACAUUGGAUAUGCAAUAUUUUUUAGUUUCGUAGAGGAAUGUUUCAUUAAAUUACUUUUGCGAUCGAUGUUAAAAAUUAAUGUAGUGAGAAAGCAAAAAACAAACGAUGAUUUCAUGUCGCAUUCAUAUAUGUCUUUUAUUCAAAUACAUCUGUUGUCUUGUAUCGCUGGUUUCACAAUGUCUGUGGAUCAUAGAAUAUCCAACAAGCUGAAUUCUCAACAGAGAUAAAAUAUAUGAAAAAAUAGAUACCAUAUACACUUGUAGCCGCACAUGUAUGUACAACAUUCGGUAUGCAUAUCUAUGUACAGAUAUACAAAUGUUACGCGUUUGUACAACAGGAAAUUUAUAUUACAUAUUAUGUGGACAUCUCUUAAAUAUAUAUAUAUAUAUAUAUGUUACAGCGCGGUCUUUCUUUUAAUUUAUACAGACAAUAAAAUAGUUUUAUAUGGCUGUUAUGUCUCAUUUUGUUCGUUUAUCUAUAUCUGCUGGUUCUGUUUGUGCAUCUUGUUUUGUACAUAAGUUUCUUGUCUCCCUUAUUCAGUACACUACAAUUAUUUUAACUUCGAGAGGUAACUUCGAAAAGGUAACUGAAAACUAUCUCACUUGGCAUGUAUUUGCAAUAUUAAUUCGAUAAGUCGCUAGAUAACUACAAAUAUAACAUGCGGUGGUUCUUUCGUCAUCUAAAACAAGUUUUAUAAAAUAUAUAUUAUCAAAAUAAUUGCAUUUGCUUUAAGCUGCUUUUUCGUAUCUAAUUAUUAUGUAGCUGUUUGUAUCGAGAUAUAGAUAGAUUAUAGCAUUCCAUGAAAA